UGUUCGGUACGGGACACAAGUUUCCCGCCUUAAGUAAACAAAUAGGAUUCCUAGCAAAUAUGUCACUGAAAUACUUACUCAUUGCUUCUGCCGUGCUGAUCGGCUUGUGUGGAGCUGAUGUGUCGAAAGUAAAGGCGGGUAAAGUGGAUGUGCCAUUCAAUGACUUGCUACCACCUCUAAAUGAUGAACCAAGCACCACGACGACGACAACAACGCAGAAGCCAACCACUACUCUUGCCACAAAGCCAACCAAGAAAGCGUACUACCAGAAGCCAGCCCAGCUGGCCAAGGAGGAUAAGCCGAAGACCAGUGCCAUCAAGCAAGAUGUUCCGCAGCUCCCUUUAGACCUACUGCCACCUUUCGAAGACGAGGUCAAGCCGGCGGAGGACAAGUUGCAGCCAGUGGUGAAUACUACGCCAAAACCCGUGGCUAGGAUCUCUCAGCCGGCUGUGCUCAAGGUCACUCCUUCGGCUGUGCUCAAGGUCACUCCUCCGGCUGCGCUCAAGGUCACUUCUCCGGCUGUGCUCAAGGUCACUCCUCCGGCUGUUCCCAAGGUCACCCCGCCGCCUGCUCCACGUCCACAGUACUCGGUUCAGCCUGCCCCAGCAUCACGUCCACAAUACUCCGUUCAUCCUGCUCCUCAAGCGGUUAACCCUCAGCCCACCCGUGCUCCUGGUUUCGGGAGCGGGUUCCAAUCCCGAUUCUCAAACUACUUUCUCACCACUACCAUUCGACCUAGACGCGGCCCCCUGCCCACUAUCACCCCCUUCCCGCGCUUCGUCAGGCUAUAGGAAUCCAUUUAAUUAAAUUAGAUAAGCACCAUUCAAAGGCCGACUCCAAUAUAAAAUAAAUAAGAUACGACACACACAGAGAUAAUGAGUGGAAACUAGCGGUAUUUUUUAAAAGCGACUGUUCAAGCAUGAAAUCUCAACAAAUUAUUCGAAGAUUUCAAAUUUUGACGGAUUAAAUAAUUUAUGAAUGCACAAAAGUUACCAUUUUGGAUCAUAGAGACAACGCCAUCUGUUGCCACUUUGUCAUGUCAGGUUAUCUGUUUUAAAUAACCACCUUUGUAAAGGAAAAAGUGGGAGAAGCUAAAACUAUUACCUAAAAUAAAAGUUAUCAAAUAUAUUAAUUAAUGAAAAUUUCUUAGAGACGGAUUGAUAACUUUAUACC